UGCGUUUCGCAAAAUGUUACAUUGGGCAACUGUUCGUUAACUGUUAUUUUGCGAUAGCUUAUUGCCUUAUAUCGGUUAUAAUUUAAUGUUGUGUUUUCGUUUUCCGCCACUUCCGCGGAAAAAUAAAUUUGCAGGUCGUAUGGAGUUAAAUUUAUUGGUUACCUGCUUUUUUAUUUGUAAUUAUUAGACAUUUCGUUAUUUAUUUUUAAUAAUUUUAUAUUCGAAAGAGUAUUUUUAUCUUUUAUGCUUGAGAACACUGGUAAAAUUUUACUUUCUUCUAACAAAGUGUGUUGUGUUUUAACUGCCAUAAUAAAGUUAAAGGAAACAAAUAGCAAGAUGAAUAAUAAACAAAGUAACCGUCGUAAAAAUAUUGGGAUAUGGAUAUCGGAGAAGAAGAGUCAAAAGCUAAACUGGAAGGAACUAAUUAAAACUUGUAAUUCACAUGGUUACAACCUUAUCAAGCUAGAUUUGGAGAAACCUUUGGAAGAUCAAACAGAGUGUGAUGUUUUUCUUCAUAAAUUGACCGAUGUUAUAGCUGCAUCUGAUCAAGGUGAUUUAAAGGCACUUCACAUCAUUUGUAAUGUUCAACAGUAUCUAUCAAAUCAUCCAAAUACAACAGUAAUUGAUCCAAUUGAUAAUGUAAGGAUCUUGCUAAAUAGGCACUGCUAUUAUUCUAUAUUACAAGAGGAAUUAUCACUUCAGAGACAUGGAAUAUUUACACCAAAUUUUGCUGAAUUCAAGACAUGUAAUAUUGAACAAAAUGUUGAGAUAAUGCGGCAAUGGGGAGUUUCAUUUCCUGUUAUAUGUAAACCAACAAUCGCACAUGGUUCAAAAUCUGCUCAUGAAAUGGUUCUUAUAUUUAACAAAAAAGGUUUAAAUGCUUGCAAACCUCCAUGUGUGGUCCAGAGUUUUGUUAAUCAUAAUGCAGUAUUGCAUAAAGUUUUUGUAGUGGGAAACAGAUAUCAUAUAUGUCAGCGGCCUAGUCUAAAAAACUUUAAUGCAUCUGAAGAAUUGGAACCUAUAUUCUACACCACUGGUGAAGUUUGUAAAGCAGACAGUCGGUCAACUCUAUCUAUAUUAGAUCCACACGACAAGCCUGAUGUUAAAUUGACUCUUGAUGAGAACAAAAUAAAACCUAUUAUCAAAUUAUUAAGAGAAAAAAUUGGCUUACUACUGACUGGUUUUGAUGUAGUUAUAGAUAAUACAACAGGUAACCAUGCAGUUAUAGAUAUAAAUGUGUUUCCGAGUUACGAUAAUUUUCCAAAUUUCUUUGAUCACUUAUUGGAUUGUAUCGAUGAAAAUGUUAAUAAAAUGUCUAAUGGAGACAGUUGUCAUACAAGUUCGAGUAAUGGUUUAAAUGAUUACUAUUGUAAUUAUAUUUCAAAUGGAUUCAUUAAUGUAGGUCAAAGUACAAAUAGGUUAAGUGUUACAGGUAUGAAUAUAAAUUGAUAAAAUUAAUUAAUCUCUUAAUUGUUAAACUGCCAUG